AGCAAGCGAACCUUCGGUUUAAUCGUCUUCGAGAUGGAUACUAGCACGUAUUCUUACGGUAAUCAAAAUGUUCAAACCGUUGCACAGCGAAAGUUUUAUCAGUGGGUACUUAAAUGGAUAAACGGUGUACACACGAAUACUGAAUCGAACGGUGAAGAAAUGCGUGAUAUUCGACAUUCGGCGAAGCCAGAUGUACGAAUACUCGCUAGUUUCUUGCAAGCAAUCGGUUUUAAACUUCUUUCGUUUGAAAAGCAUCAUGAUGGGUAUGCUCAAAAGAAGACGGAAAAUGAUGUCUCGUCAUCUGAACAAGGAGUUAUUAGAGUUACAAUUGAAUGCGAUACCUCAAAUAUGAGAGCAGUUUUGGAAUUAGAAGGGAUCACGUGUCGGUGCCCUAACUCCGAUCAUAUUAAAGAAGCAUCUUUUUGGAGCAUAAGUGGUACCGGGCCUGUUGGAAGCACGGAUAACAUUGUGCAAAAAGUAGAGGAGACAGGUAGUAAUCUGAUACCCCCUCUGUCAAAAGACGUUGCCCGACUUUUGCGUGAUGUAUCGUGCAAAUUAUUCGACACAAUCGCGUACGAACCGGAUGUCAAUCGUAACACGGACGUAAGCUUAAAUGUUUCGCGUUCAAGUAAUGCAUCUUGCGAACGGCAGAAUGCUUCGAAAAAAGAAGUUGGAGUUACGCGAAGCCAUACGCAACCGGAAAUGCGACUUAAUACGAACAGUUUAAAUUCAAAGCGUCCCUUUGAAACUCAUGAGAAAAAUAUAAACUCCGAGGCAUCACAAAUUCGAAAUGAAUCUACAGGACAAGAAAAUAAACCUCCUUUACAACGUCAAAGAACGUGGGACAUUGAUGCCGAAAUACAAAAUUUGGAUGAAGAACCACGACCAUCACCUCCGAAGCUUACGAGUUCUCCCGCUAUGAUCGCUGAAUUAUCUAAUUCGUUAGGGCAAAUAUCUCUACACAGCGAUAUUGACAAUUCUAGAAAUAUAACAGAAUACAUUAUAGGAGCAAAGGAGAAUUUGGAAAAAGUACUUAAAAUGUUGUUAGUUAAGAAACCAAUGAUUCUGAAUGAUUUAUCACCUAAUACAGAUCAGGACAGCGCAUCCGUGAAAUCAGCACCGGCGAAUGUAUCACCAACUGCUGUCAUCAGCCCUUACAAAUCAAUUCGAACGAAUACAAUGGAUAAUAUUAAACUUUUACCAAAGCAAAACAAUUUGACGCAUGAACAAUUCUUAAAAAUAACACGAGUACCGAAAGCACGACGCAGUAUUGAGCCAAUAUUGUCCAGAAAGAAUGAACAAGAUAGUUCAAAGCUCGCCGCGGGUCGACGUAGUAGUUUUUAUACCCCUUCGUCAGCUAAUUCUAAUAUUUCAUCACUUUCGAAACCGGAAAUGAAACAUAAAUUGUUGGGUAUCGGGAAGUACAAUAUUUCAAAAACUAAUAACGCAAUUGAAUCUGAUAUUUCGAACAGGAUUUCAUUAACAACAAGAGUUGCUUCACCGGAGCCAAAAAUUGGUACUUCUCCAAAUGUGGAAACAUCGAAUGGACGUGCUUCAUUGAUCAAACCUCCCACAAAAAUUAUAAAAUCGAUACCCGUUAAAAUAAAGCCAGUUCAGUCUUCGAAAAUAAACACAGGAAUUGUUAAGAAGCCAAGAGUCAGCCUUUCGAAGGAUUAAACUAUUUGAUUGUUUAUAUUAUUUAAUUUGUAGACAUUUUCAUACUAUUUAAUCAUUUUAAACGAAGAUUCGUUCAGAUGUUUUAUUUUUUUUUUUAAGUAUUGAAAUACAUUAUUAUCUGUGAGUGUAAUGAUGCAAAUGGAUUAAAAUAUUUUCUUACUA